CCCUACAGCAGAGAUAGAAAACUGUCCGUGGGCCGGUGGAGGGAUGAAACAAGUGGAAGGAGAUGUAGCAGACUGACACUCAUUAAUAACUCCACCACGCGCACUACACCUCGUCGGCUCCACUCCUCGCUCCGGCACGCUGUGGCAUCCUCUCUUUUGCAUAAACAAGGACGAGCGUUCAUUUGCGGUGCUGCGUCGGAGCUUCAUGGCCGCGACACUCGCGAUGAGCGGCUGCGGGCAGGAGGACACCUUCUACCCGCUGCAGAAGGCGACUCUGCCCGCUGCUUUCCACCUGGAGGACUCGGCGUUGUUCGGCCUGGACUGCAAGAUCACAGAAACGGACAAGACUGGACAUAAUGACUACACGCAGGUAAAGUGUGAGAUGGACAGAUAUCUCUCCCCUCAGUCUCUUCCCCAUCCGCAUCAUGCAAACAGCCAGCAGAAGUCGCAGAGAGACUGUGCGUCCGCACUGGAUCAAUUCUUCACAGGCGAUCACACCGGGUCUCCCUAUACCCUCAACAUGAAUCUUUACCUCCCUGACGCUGCCUACCUGAGGGUGGGCUUGUGUCAGCACCCGAACCACACAGGUCUCACCCAAAUCAAAACAGAAUCUGCCUCCCCGUGUUACUCCCCCAACGUACAGCUGCACUGCCCCGACACGACGUCUGCGAGUAGCUGCAGCACGUCUGGGCAUGGCAUGGAAACCUCAGCCAUAAACAUGACGCUAACAGGGUUACCGGACUUCACCAGUGUUUUCAACCAGUCGGGAGGCAGCCGCGGCAACGAUUCAGUGCCAGAAGUGUUCAUCAAACAGGAGAUGUCGUCCGAGUUCGAGCAGCACGCUCUCCACCACCAUGACAACAGCGGCUCGCUGUUUCAGCUACUAAACUCCGGCUUGGACCAUCACCAUGGUAUGGAGGCGCAGCAUCAGCAUCAUCAUCAUCAUCAUCAUCAUCAUCAGCAGAUACAACACACUUCCACUUCCACAAUUCACACGCCUUUCCAUAAUUUGCCGGUAGCUUCUUCUGCAUCUCAACAAGAGCAGACUGCCAAGCCUGCCUACUGCAGCCUGGGCGGCGGGGCAUACACACAUCCACAUGCCCAGGCUCACCCCCAUUUCCUCCAGCAGCAGGUGCCCUACCUGCCACCCUCUCCGCCGAGCUCGGAGCCCGGCAGCCCUGACAGGCAGAAGGAGCUGCUCCACACCAUGUCCCCUCCUCCCUCAUACGCAGCCACCAUCGCCUCCAAGUUGUCAGGUAGCACCCCUGGGCUCGGACCCGGCCCGGGACCGGGCAGCUUGUCUCUGCCCCACACUACAGGUCCCACGCCGGUCCCAGGCCCAGUCGCACCCGCAGCAACCGCAGCCCCAACCCCAGCUCAGACCACCGUGUCUGCCCGCUACAACCGGAGGAACAACCCGGACUUGGAGAAAAGGCGGAUCCACCACUGUGAUUACCCAGGCUGCAAGAAAGUCUACACCAAGUCGUCCCAUCUGAAAGCCCACCUCAGGACUCACACGGGUGAGAAGCCGUACAGGUGCACGUGGGACGGCUGCGACUGGCGUUUCGCACGUUCGGAUGAGCUGACGCGCCAUUUCCGGAAGCACACGGGCGCCAAACCCUUCCAGUGCGCCGUCUGCUCGCGCUCCUUCUCCCGAUCCGACCACCUCGCCCUGCACAUGAAGAGACACCAGAACUAGCGGCGUUUGCACGCACGCACACACUACAAAUACGCAAGCACUAUCUUGACACACACAAAGCACUCACUCCAUCUCCCACAGCAGCGAUGUUACAAGCUGCCUGACGACACCACAGCUGCUCCUGGUGCCGCUAUCCUGUGCUGAAACGGUGCGAUAGCCUAACAAGCGUGUUGCUCUUAACUCCAAAGUGGGACAAAUCGGAGGUUGUAAAGUAGAAAGAUAAUGGGCAGAUGAAGUCCUGUCUCCCCUAACCUCCAGAUAUACUUGGUAUAUAUUUCUUUGGACAAUUACAAAGAAGAAAAAAUAACAAAAAGGAAAUGGUAGCUUCAAAAUGUGUCUCCAGUGCAAUUGGACUUUGUGUGACUGGAUUGAAAGCACUCAAAACUUGUACAUCUUUUGUCUCGUCUCUCUAACAUAAAACUUUUUUUUUAUAAAAGCGAAGCUUUUGUUUGCAAACUAGUCAAGCCAAAUCUUUGUUUAGUCAUUGGUUUGUUAGUUUGUUCAUAUAACUGGAAUAUCCAGUUUUUUUUAUUUUUUAUUUUUUUAACCAAAUCCUUUGGUUUGCACUAGAAUUGGUCAUGUAAGUCUCAGCCUUUUUGGCCCAUGUGUCUCAUUCACUACUGGAACGAUCAUUAUCACUACUGGACUGAAUGUCUGUGAACACCAGACAAAUCAUUGCUGUUCAGAUAUUAAAAAUUGAAGGCAUUUAUACUCUGGAGAGAGGGAAGAUAGUGCAGGAAAAAACGAGGGAGGGGUGGAGAUGAAGAGAUUUUAGUUUUUAGCGAGAGGAGAUCUGAGGACGACUGAGAAAACAGAGGAAGGUAGACGGUUGCUAAAGAGCAGCAAUUAGGUGAUGAAUUAUUCAUGUUGUCUUUCGAUGGAUCUGCUACUAGAGAAAUGUAAGCAGAACCGGUAGACGCAGAAUUCAUUCAGUUUAAACAGAAUUGACCGUAUUUGAUGCACAUGCUUGCGUUUUAAGCGUCUUCAAAAUACAAUUACUGUACAUCUCUCUCAUCCAGCCUUUUUUUUUUUUUAAACUGUGUUAAAAGAUGUUUUAACCAAAGUACCAUCUUCAUCACCAACACCCUAUUAAGUGCCUCCUUCUCUGAUUCAUGUGGUUUUGUUCAGUGGUAGCAGAGCUGUGAUCAACGUAGUCCUUUAAAACACACGUGGUGCUGUUUUUAUUUCUUAAUCUAUUGAAAUCUCUCGAAGAAAGUGAAUUUCUUUUUUUUUUUUUUAAAUUACAAGGUUUACCCAUCAUUCAUUGUGAUUCAACAGGCCAGACCACUUCACAGACAUCUUGAGAUCAUGUGGAACUUUUUAGAAUUCAAAUGACAGUCCUCUCUCUGGGGUCUUUCACUCUCUGACUCUGUACACAACUAACUUAAAAUUCGGCUCUAUCAGUCAGUCGAACAUGGACCUAUGUUUUAUUAAAGGAUACGUUCACAUUUUUCCACAGUCUUUCUUAAAACAACAUGCCCAUGUGAGCAUACCAAGAGUUAUUUGUUGCUGCAAGUAUUCCUCAAGCGAUCCUUGUUUAAAACGUUUUCAGUGUAAGUGAUAGGAGAGAAAAUUGACGGUCCUCGUAAAAAUGCAUUAUGUUAAGCUGAACAUAAUGUGAGGUGUCGUCGUAUUUCAAUCAUUAGUGCAAAAUUCCGUCUUUGCCAGACAUUGGCUGUGUUUCCAUAAACAUAUUUUUAGGUGUACUUUGAAGUAUCUCAUUGGAAAAUCUGUAGGGAAACAAAAAUAUUUGACAAAACUCCCUCAAUUGCACAAAAAAGACUAGACACUCACUCGAGCUGGCUUUUGACUUUGUCGAAAAAAACGUUGAUGUAAAACGAUAUUCAAGAUACGCAUUGUCUAAAAAUAGAUCCCUAUAUCUCACUGAAAUUGUAUUUGAUAGGUGAUUUUGUCUUAUAUAGUAAUCAGACAAAUAUACUGGUAAGAUUUUGCAUUUCAGCCGUACGGUUAAACAGCCAAGGCGACUUGUUUUGUUUCCGGUUUGCAGCCUCUACUUCUUCUACUCUGUAAACUGGCGGAUUACAGCCACGCGUAAAGCGAGUAUACCGCCAAGUACUGAUGUUUUAUUCCCUCCAAACCAGUUGAUGGAAACGCACCUCUGUUUUGCAACAUUUCAAAGUACUAAAAAUAAUUCAUUUUGAAAGUACCCAUUUGAGUUUAUUUUUAGCUCAUAGUAAAAUUGGUUUAAGUCAUUCUACACUAAAACAAAGAUUGUGUUCAACAUAACUUGCACUGAAAUCAUCUCGUCACAAGAGGAACAAUUGCAUCAAUCAAAAACUCUUUGUUUGUUGCAUGAGACGAUUGUUUUAAGACUGACUUGAAAAAAUGUCAACGCUGUCCUUUAAUAUACAUUUGAAUGUCCAUUUUGAUGGUGUGAUUUUGCCUGCACCUAUAACUGUAUUUGUUCAUUCACUGCAGGUAGCAUAAAGAUAAUAUAUCACUGUAAUGUAUCAUGGUAAAUCUGACUAUUUAUUUGAUUGUGUAGAAGUGGGGGUUGUAUUAGAUCAACCGUCUUUCUCCCCAGCAAAAAUGCCUUAAUGUAAAUAUAUGCACUGUAAAUAACUAUUGAUUUUAUUUCCCCUCUUUUGUUAUUGUUUUGUAAACAAAAGGGCAAAAAGAGUAAAAUGCCCUGCAUCCAAAAAUAUUUGAGCCUUUUUUCUUUGGUUUUGUUUUCUUGUCAAAGAUAUUUUGAUGCCAUUGUUUUAUAUAUUGUCCUUCCAACAACUUAUUUUGUAGAUUUGUUUUUCUUCCUAGUUAAACGUUCCAAAGACAAAAGUUGUUUUUUCUUCAACUGAGUGAAACCGAUCCCAAUAAAGUCAACUGACACUUUUACAGAUGUGCUCUUGUGCUGAAGUUAAUGGGGAGAUUUUGUCUUUUAACCUCUAACAAUGAAUUUCAAGGCUUAUGUGUGGCAGCAACCACAAUUUGUGGUACAUUUAGUUUUUUGUCCAUGAGGUUUGUGUUAAAGCACUUUUUUGAAGAGUAAGCCAUGCUGUGCAAAUAGAGAGUGUGGUGUUAGUGGUGCAUUAAAACAAGCCUCGCCAGGGCCUAAAUGAAACGAAUGAGACAUAACCACAAUUUAAUCUUUUACAAUCCAAACAUGCUUUCUGUGGAAGCGCUGAUCCUGUUUGGGAUUUUCUGCAGAGAUCCAACAGACUUAAAAGUUCAGUUUCACCAAAGGAAGAUGUGAAGGAGAGGCGAAGUGUUCUUGUCCGAGACCUGCAAGUAACCUGCAGGACCCUUGCUGAUCAACAAACAAUAGUCCUUUGAUGUCCCAGCAAGAGACAAUGGACAAGAAAAUAAAUUUGACCACCACUCAGGGACCGGAGGGGAAUCCCACUGCAUUGAAAUGGACAUACAAACACGUGUACGCACACACACGCACACCAUAUGUUCCUGAUUUAAGUCAUAAAUGUGACCCAGGGUCUCUGUUGUAAUCUACCUCAGAUGUCAGAAAAGAGGGAGGUGGAAGGGGAGAGAGUGAAAGAAGUGAAAUACAGAACAAUCUAAACAAAAGAAUCUCUGGGGGGACCCAAUCAACCACUUCCGUCCUCCUACAUCUCCUCUCGUUCUCCUCCGCUCCUCUGAUUUAAUUUCAUUUUCUCUCCCUCUCUUUG